UACCACGUCAUUCUGUAACCUGGGUAUAACUACACACUGAGGAUGUGGUGAGUACAACAGGUCUGAGCUUCACUGAAGGAUCUGCACUCAUCACAGCAACAACAUGUCUCUGCAGGACGCCAUGAAGAACAGACACCAGACCAGAGAUGAAAAAAGAAAUCCUCACAGAUUAUAUCCAUCACUGCCAAAUGUAGACAGUUAUGACCUCAUCAAGCCAAAGGCUGAAAAACCUCCAGCAGUGUCAGAAUUCUACGCUGACGGACAACUGGAAAACACGCAGCCCGAGGCGAUGGCUGCCACAGGAGACGGCAGGCUGACCGCACAGAUCCAGAUCUUGGAGGAACAGAGGGAGGAGCUUUUUUCAAUUAAUGAAAAAUGGGCGAAGGAAUAUCACAGCAUGGUGCAGUACUACCAGCAGAAGGUGAGGAAUUUAAAAGAAUUACUGAACAUUCCGUUUGCCGAGGCGACAUGUGACGUACGACAGAACGCCUUCUCCUCGUGUAAAAAGCUCAAGACGCUCAAAGAAAAAGACGACACCUGGGUUGAGGACAUGAGCUCAAUGUUGCUGAAAGCAGAAAAGGAGGCAAUAGAACUACGAGCUCAGAACAGUGCUCUGACCAGAAGGGGGCAGCAUCAGCAUGAAGAGAUCAAACGUCUAAACAAGGCCCUGGAGGAGGCUCUCGGCACAGCAACUGACAGGAUGAGCAACCAGACACAGCAGGACAUUUGGAAACAUCAGGCGGAGGUCUACAAAGAAGACUUCUUGACCGAGCGUAAGGACAGGGAGAAGCUGAAGGCCAAGCAUUUGGAGCUGGAGAGUCAGUACAAGAAGGUCCGUGGUGAGCUGCGCGUCCUCAAAUCUCAGGUGACUUGGACUCCACAAGUGGUGCACAAGUGCAUCUGCAUACACCAAGUCCAACUUCAAAACCACCAGCCCAACCAGAGGCCAUCAUAGCCCAUUUCUUCAACAGUAGACUUCAAUGGCAUCUCCACACUUUUCUGAGAUUAGUUUUCAGCUACAGGCUCACAGUUCAAGUCAACACAGAGUACAAGGGCCGAGAAGGUUCAGACACAAGGUCCACAUUAUCAACAAAUGUACAACGAGAAGGAAAACUAGGUGAAGGAGACAAAGGCACAAAACAAGGAACAUCCUGACAUCCUAAUUCACGUGGUCUGUGCUGCUGUGGGGUCAGCUGGUUACACUGUUUGGACUGAAUUUUGAUUGUUUAGACAAACAACACGAAGGUCGAGGAGCGAUUACAUGGGCGACGGGAAAGUCAAUGAUUAACAGUGGUAAACCUAUUGCAGACAUUUCACCUGAAUUCUAGACUUGGCUUUAGUGUAGAA